CCCUGGAUAACAACUCCAUUCUGGAAACUCCUGAUCCUCGAGGGCUGCUGGCUUCAGGAACCAUGGCUUGAAGUACCUUCCAACCCAUGCCACAGAUCUGACCCCACACAGAGUCUGUCUGAGGUUGAGAUAAACACUGGCACUAUUGGAGGCCUCACCACCUACCUUCCCCGCCCCAGGGUGACCUAUCACGCUCCUUCAGGACCUCGAAGCAGGGCGUUUCCAUCUUAAACUAACCCAGGACUCUGCCUGCAUCUGCUUAGUGCAGAGGACACACCAACCCUGAAGAGUGUGAGGCAAGCUCAGCACCUUUGGACUUGAAGAUGGCCCCUUCUCAAACCAAUAAGGAGCUGAUUGCUGCGGGAAUAAAAGAAUUUAAUGUUCUGCUGAAUCAGCAGGUCUUUAACGACCCUCUUAUCCCUGAAGAAAGCAUGGUGACUGUGGUGCACGACUGGGUGAACUUGUACACCAACUAUUACAAGAAGCAGAUGCUUGGGGAGCAGCAGGAACAGGACAGAGCUCUCCAAGAACUCCAGCAAGAGCUGAGUACUUUGGGCAGUCAGUUUCUGACCAAAUAUAGGACCUUUCUCAAGUCCCGAGAACCCCUAAACAGCACACCGCCUUCCUCAUAGCCUAAAGGCUCAUGGUAUCUCAUCUAAGAACCCUG